CAUACGUGUCUUGAAGUUUGGAAAUGUUAUCAAAUCUGUUCUUAAAACUGUUGACUGAAGGUGCAGUGACAACAAUAUCAUUGAGUUUGUUCCACACGAUUGGAUAGAAAAUUACUCUUCGGUUUUGUUUUUGCCGAUGUGCGACAUAGUUUCAAUUAUCUACGGGAUCAACGAAGACGGCGAUGCUGGCGAAGCACUGUUCCUUAUACCAUACAUCGAGAGUGGAAACGUUGCAGAAGGGCGACGACUGGCGAGCGUGGCCAUGACAGAAGAUAUAGGAAUUAAGAGUUAUUCUGGCUAUUUUACCGUCAACAAAACUUAUAACUCCAACCAAUUCUUUUGGUAUUUCCCAGCGAUUAAUAAACCUAUCAGAAGUGCCUGUCAGUACCCCGUAGUCCUUUGGCUACAAGGCGGCCCCGGCGCGUCGUCGCUCUUCGGUCUUUUAAACGAAAAUGGGCCCAUAACAUUAGCUUACAAUACUAUAGAAAAGCGCCAGUUUCACUGGGCACUGCUCAGUCAUUUGAUUUACAUCGAUAAUCCUGUAGGAGCAGGCUUUAGCUUCACAGACGACCCACACGGCUACAGCACGGAUCAAGUCCAGAUUGGAGAAGAAUUGUACUCCAGCGUGAUUCAGUUUCUUCAGCUCUUUCCAGAGUUGCAAACAAAUAAGUUUUAUAUAACUGGAGAAUCAUACGCUGGGAAGUACAUCCCUGCGCUAGCUUACACUAUCCAUAAGAAAAAUCCCGAUGCAAAAAUUAAAGUGAAUUUGAAGGGAGCUGCCAUUGGGAACGGUUUGUGUGAUCCCGUGAAUCAGAUAGGAGUGUACGGGGAGUAUCUCAGGCAGCUCGGACUCAUUGAUGUUAACGAAGAGAAGGUUUUCGAAGAAUAUCAGAAUAAAACAAUAGAUUACAUUAAACAGGAGAAAUGGAAGGAAGCUUUAGAUACAUUUAAUGAAUUGAUAUUAGGGGAAUAUAGUAUUUUUGGCCAAUUUGUCAAUUGGCCAAAAAUACUAUAUUCCCCUAAUAUUGUAUUUUUGGCCAAUAGGAUUUUCAUAUUAUUACAAUUAUAUGCAUGACCGCGUUUAUAUACCAGAUUUUGGAGACUUUAUCCAACAAAAUGAAGUGCGGAUACAGAUUCACGUAGGGCAUCACGAUUUUAACAAUGGGAGUAUCGUAGCAGAGCAUCUGCGGGAGGACAUAAUGAAAU